AUGAUAGUAGAAGAAGAAAAAAAAGAUGGUAAUGGUAAUGAUGAAAAUGUGGAUGACGAUGACAAAGAUGAUGGUGAUGAUAAUGAUGAAAGUGGGAAUGAUGAUGAUAAAGGUGAUGAUGAAAGUAGUAAUGAUGAUGGCAAAGGUGACGGUAAAAGAGAUGGUAAUGAUAUUGAUGGCGAUAACAAUAAUGAUGAUGAUGAUGGUGAUGAUGCUGAUAAUAAUGACGAUGGUGAUGAUGCUGAUAAUAAUGAUGAUGGUGAUGGUGAUGAUGGUAAUGAUAAUGGUAAUGAUGUUGAUAAUAGUGAUGAUGUUGAUAAUGGUAAUGAUGGUGAUG